AGUAGAUGGCGUGCCGGUAAUUUGAGGAAAUAUAUAUAACGUGUACUAUACAGUUUCGCGAGAUAGCAGCAUGACACUGACACCGAUUUUUUCGCGGAAAAAUAGUAAAUUUUUCUGUUAUUAAUUGGUCCACAACAAGGUUGACUGAGGUGAGGAAAUAAUAUAAUGACGCAGCUGUUGAAUCUACCAACGACAGAUGGCAACAAGUUCAUUGUUGUGGACGAAGGGGUGGAUGCAAGUUACUCUGUAAAUCUGAUAAUAGCGUGGCUUCAAGCAAUCAGGAAAAAAGGCAUAGAGCAUCCUGUAUAUAUUUUACUCUUUUCCAAUCCUAAGUACCACUUGGAAAAGUGUCUGAAGUCUACCAAUUUGACUGACAUUCAAGUACAAGAUUAUUUUAGCACAGAUGUGCAAGAUGAAGAAGUUGAUCUGUUUGAGAAAAUAUCUCACUUUGUUUCACAGCACAUAAAUUCUAUCUUUGUUAUUGACUGCUUGAGUACAUUGGCUUUGCAAAUUGGAGUUUCUAAGGCCUGCAAGUUUAUUGAAAAACUGUAUCAAAAGCAUAGGUCACAGGUGUUUUGCAUCUAUAGAAGGGAUUUUCAUCAGAAUAUUCCCAGGAUGGAAACACUGGGCAACACAUAUCUCAAAUUAAAUAAAUCUAAAAAAGUGGCUUAUGAUUCAAACAUACAUUACGAGGUGUCUGUGAUACAUAAGAAACCUGGUGGUAGCAUUUCACAUUGGAAUGAGUUGGUCAAACAAAAUGUGGAAACUUACAGUAUUGAGACUGAAAAGAUUCCAGAUAGUUUAACUUUAAAACCAGAAGUAAACAAACCCCCAGAAGCAACAGUCAAACCACAAGCUUCCUUUAGGAUAGAGAUGAAUGAGCAUGAAAUGAAACAAAGGGACAGUGUGCCACUGCCUUAUAUUUUGCCAGGCAAUCCUGGAAGAGAAUCAAAAAUUAUUUAUGUACCGGAUGAUGUAGAUGAUUUGGAUGAGGAAGAUCCAGAUGAUGAUUUAGAUAUAUGAUUAAAGAAAAUGCAAAAAUUUA